CUUCAAACGGCCGCUCGAGGCGCAAAGAGGGAGAGAGAGUGCGAGAGUCGGUGAAAUGGCCGACGGUGUGGAUCACAUUGAUAUCUACGCGGAUGUUGGCGAAGAGUUUAAUCAGGAGACAGAAUACAGUGGUCAUGAUCAGAUCGAUUUGUAUGAUGAUGUCAUAUCACCAUCUGCCAAUAAUGGGGAUGCACCAGAAGAUCGUGAUUACAUGGAUAGCAUGCCACAGUCUGUUUCAGAUGAUGGUGGGAAAACUCCUAAUUCAUUGGGCCCAAAUAUUGUGUAUACAUAUACUGGCAAGAGAAUAGCUUUAUAUAUUGGGAAUCUGACGUGGUGGACCACAGAUGAGGAUCUGACUGAAGCUCUCCAUUCAAUGGGCAUUACUGAUCUUUUAGAAAUCAAAUUUUUUGAGAACCGGGCUAAUGGACAGUCAAAAGGGUUUGCCCUCAUUUGUGUGGGAUCUGAAAGUUCAUCCAAAAAAUUGAUGGAUAUGCUUCCUAAACGAGAUAUGCAUGGACAGAAUCCUAUCGUCACACCAUGCAAUAAGCAGUCACUCAGUCAGUUUGAAAUGCAGUCUAGAAAAUCUACUCAGUCUGGCCAAAUGUCAGGUGAAGGGAAAGCUGGGCCGCCUGGAGCUAACAGUCGAUUAGCAUUUUCGCAGAGUGGAAGAGGACGUGGUCGUUUCCCACCAUCUGGCCCUGGUGGGGACAGAUUCCCAGGGCCUUCUGGACCAGGAGGGCCUCCACCUUUUCCUGGGCAAGGUCCGCCACGACCACCUCCAGGUCCUCCUGGUCCACCAGGCCCCCCGGGUCCGCCUCCACCUGGACAAGGUCUUCCUCCUCCAUUAGGUGGGCCACCAAAUCGUGGUGAUCGUCCUCCACCCCCAGUUCUGUUUCCAGGGCAACCGUUCGGACAACCUCCCAUGGGACCACUCCCUCCUGGUCCUCCCCCUCCUGUUCCAGGCUAUGGUCCUCCUCCUGGGCCCCCCCCUCCUCAACAAGGACCACCUCCACCACCUGGACCCUUCCCACCACGUCCUCCAGGCCCACUUGGCCCACCAAUUAGUCUUGCUCCACCUCCCCAUCUCCCUGGACCACCUCCUGGUGCGCCACCUCCAGCCCCUCAUGUAAAUCCUGCUUUCUUCCCACCACCAACCAGUAAUGUAAUUCCCUCAUCUGACAGCCGUGGACCGCCUCCGUCAGAUCCGUAUGGUCGCCCCCCGCCAUAUGAUCGAGGAGAUUAUGGACCUGCUGGCAGAGACAUGGAUUCUUCAAGGACUCCACUGAGUGAAGCAGAAUUUGAGGAAAUUAUGAAUCGAAACAGAGCCAUUUCGAGUAGUGCAAUAUCAAGGGCUGUGUCGGAUGCUAGUGCUGGUGAUUAUGGGAGUGCUAUUGAAACACUGGUUACAGCUAUUUCUUUGAUAAAGCAAUCUAAAGUAUCUGCAGAUGACCGUUGCAAAGUUCUCAUAAGUUCUCUACAGGAUUGCCUUCAUGGAAUAGAAUCCAAGUCAUAUGGUUCUGGGUCACGGAAACGUGAACGUUCACGGGAGAGGGACCACAGUAGAUCAAGAGAGAAAAGCAGACGUCAUAAAGAGCGCUCACGAAGCCGUGACCGACAUGAUGAUUAUUACCGUGAAAGAAGUAGAGAGCGGGAAAGGCAUCGUGAUCGUGAACGAGACAGAGACAGAGAGAGAGACAGAGAGCGAGAGUAUCGUCACCGUUAAAUAGAUUUAAGAUUCUUCAGUUUGGUGAAGUAGCAUUCGAUUGGGACCUUAAGUUGUACAGAACCUGUUAAGUACAGUCAGAUAAGUCUUAAUUUUGGUAAGUAUUCUUAAAUUUUUGCCAGAGAUGUGUUCGUGUCGAAUUUGUUGAGAAUUGUAAUUUAAUUACUUCAUUUUAACACUUUUUAAUUUCCAGAUUGAAGCAUUGCUUUACAUGUAAGAAUUCAAAUUUUUAGGCAUCUAUUUAUUUUUGAUUUCUGUUGCAGUUUAGUGUUUUCUCUCCAACCACAUGUUGCAAGUUAUUUGUAGAAGUAGUUAUCAAACUACAUUGGUAGGUCUUUGGGUAGUAUAAAGUUACACUUCAAAUUGUAUUUUACAUUCUUUAUUCCCCACUGUCUUUUUCUUUCUGUGUCUUCAGCACAAAUGCUGUGGAACACUUACUAAUUUAAAAAAAAGUUCAAUGCCAGUGUCACAGAUGCAGAAAUGCUGGCUUUUUACAAAGCUCCCUCUUGUCCCCAUCCAUCAAGGUUUACAUUAUUUAAUAGCUUUCCAUUUGGAUUUUUAAGUUUUUACUUAGCCAUUUGUAUUUAUGUCAAUUUUCGUUUUAAGCAAGUGAGAUUCCUGGGCAAGUGAAAGUGAUUCUGAUAUAAACUGAACAGCUUUCCAGAAGUAAGUUUUAAUACUUAAAGAAUAGAGAAGUAAAUUUUUCAGAUGUGUACAAGUAAUUUUGCCAUUUGUGUUUUGAGGGUGGAGUAGGCAUUAAUUUUAAGUUUCUUUUGUGUAACCAUGUGAUGGUUUGUAUAGUUGGAAUGGGGCUCUGCUACUUAUUCUUCCAAUUGAGAAGCAAAUUUUUACAGCCAUCUAACACUCAAAACUUCAGCAUUUUUUAAUUGCUAGAUUUACUGACUGGGUGUGUCUCUAAGUAAUUGGCGACAGUGAUUAAUCCUGGGCCAUCGAGGAUACGAAGCAGCAAAGUUGAAAUACCCCACAAGAUUUGCAAGAGACCAGGACAUCCAGAAUAAAAGUCAAAUAUUAUGACAGCAUUUAUAAAAUGCCUCAUAAUAAAUUACCUGGCAGUCCUUGUGGCAUUGGAUGGUGCUUCAGACAGGAAAAACUUAUUUGAAGCAUUUAGAGUUUUCUGGCACACUUUCUGGAAAAAAAAACAUACACCUUGAAUCCUGUACUUGAGUAUUGGCUGUCAGAAAUGUAUUUUACCUCAAAGAAGCUUUCACCACCCCCCCCCCCCCCAUGUUGUUUUAUAGUUUGACCUUUCAAGUUUGCUGCAGCCGUGUGGAUAAAUGUUCAAUUUAAAGCUUUUCAUUCUUUUACACUUAGUGUAAAUAGAGUUUCCAAAUUAUGCUAAUCCUGCAUAAUUACCUUGGAUUAAUUUUCAAAAUGGAACAUGUGCAAUUUGUUAAUACCUCAUUCUGCAUCUUUUUGCCAGGGUUUUUGUCUUUCUUUGAAUAAACAAUUCAUUGAAGUCUUGACUUGAGUAUAAAUUAUGCCAUAACUUUGUAUUUGUGGCAUUUUUUUAGCUUUUGGAGUUAUCCCAUAAUGACAAAGCAAGGGGAGUAUUUUUAUGAAGAGUGUUGAAAUAAAGAAAUCCUCCGGUGAUGUUUUGUGAUCUAGUCUUCAUGUAUCAUGUACAGAAAAACUGCAAAGUAACAAGUUGGUUGACAUUAUUAUUUUUUCCCCCGCAGGUAAAUAGUCUAAUUACAAUUGUGGGCUAUUUUAAUUUUAAUUUUUUUUGUCCAAGUUUAUGCACAGCUCGCUCAGAAAUUAAAUGCAAAUCUUUGCCUUUUCGACUUGCACUUUUUAAAGCUCUGAUAGUCCAUAAUGUUAUUUAGAGAGAUUUAGGAGAAUUUUCUGACUCCAGCCACUAGUAUUUGUACAAGUAUUCUAAGUUUAAGGUGUUUGGCCUUCCAUCUAGUUUUGGUAGGUGGGCAUAUUUGUAGAAAUUUUUUAUUCUAGUUUUGAAUUUGAGGGUACCUGAUUACAGGUCAUGCCAUGGAUGUUUUAAUACUUGUUUUUAUGGUUUCUUUCAUGAGAUCUUUUAAAAAGACCCAUGCCAGGGAAAGCUAGUCAUUUUUAUACUGUUGGUACAUAAAGUUCUGUUUUUACCCUCUUUAAAUCUCGUGAAUUUGAAGUGGUUUUUUUGCAAAUUGUUUGUAUUAUAAAUUUGUACGAUAAGUUAUGUGUGUCUGUGGUGUGCUGAUACACUUUACAUAAUGAAAUCUGAAAGCAGCCCUAAUAUUGCUGCAUUGAAGAUUCAUUCAGCCUUUCUUUUGAGGUAUUGCAGCUACCAAGUUCAUGAGACUAAUAGUAGUAAAUUAGUCAUAAAGACAUUGCUGAAUAUCAACACGCAUCCUCAGUCACUCUUGUUCCAACAGAAUUGAAUAUUGCUUAGUACUAAGAACGUUUUGGAUUUACAGAUUCUAAAGUGAGGCGUUUUAGGAACUUGAGUUGUGAAUUGUAUUGCUUAAGCCUACUACCCUUGUUUAGAUGAGGUCAAUACUGUAGUUGUGCUGCAAGCUUUACGUGUUAAAUUUAUGUCUGAUAUUUCCAGUUACUGGAACUAAAUCAUAUUUAUUGUAGCCAUAGGGAGGUCUGUCCUAAACUCUGUGGACAGAGGGGAAUAGAUAGAGAAACCAAACAACUUUAUCAUACAUUUUCAUUCAGGUAGAUUUGGCUUUUAAAUAUUUUUGAUCACUAUUCCUUAAUUGGACUGUUCUCCUCCUGCCUCUUCAGUUCCGUCUCGAAUUGAAUACCUGAUUCUGGAGAUAAUUUCUAUAAGUGUAAACAGGUUUCAAAAUUUCAAGUUCUCUGUAGUUUGAGAGAAGAAUUGUUAGACUCUGAUAUUUGUGUACUGUUGAAGCCUGGUUGAAUUGAGAUUUUUUUCAUCUGACAGUACAUUCCCUAAAUUGUGUCUCUCUAAGAAUGUCUGUAGUCUUCAACAGUGUUCAACAUGUAUAAUAUAAAAAAAACAAGCUGUUCAUGCACAAAAGGCACUGGAUUGGGUUUUUUUGUCCUUCAGUAUAACUACUACAAGUCAAUGUAGUCAUGAUUUUUAAUAAUGUUGAAUUCAGUUACCACAAGUUGUCUCAGCUUCAUUUUUUUGUGCAUGCUUCCACUACAUGUAAACUGCUUGUAAUACAAAUUCAUGUACCUAAAUUGCACAGUAUAUUCUUGAACAAUCUCUCGAGUUAAAUGGUAAAAGUCACUGGAAGUGUGAAGUUUAAUGACAUUAAAUUAAUUAAACUUUAUGCUAUUAUUUUGGCUAAUAUGAUCUAUCUGGCAUCUUGAAUUCAUGUGACUUGAGAGUCAAUUGGUCGGGUGCAGAGAGGCUCUGUCAGGAUGGUGAGUUCAUCUUCUGUAAAUGAUGUAGAAAGAUGGUUCAAACGUUCAUUGAACAUAUGCAAUUGAAGCUGUAUAAACUUCUUCAAGAAUUUCCCAUUUGCCAGCAACUUUUUAGAUAAACAUUAAUGACUAACGUUCAAGUCCAAUCUCACGUGAGUUUGUAAAGUUUCACUAAACUUCUUGAACAGUUUGGUGCACAUGAAACAUUUUUAAAAAAUCUAACUUUCAAGGUGAUACACAAACACUUUUGUGUUGUGAUGACAUUUGGGUGGUGUUUGGCACCUGUGACUGAGACUGAUCUGUAAAACUGUUUACCUUGUAUGAAAGGUCAAAUCAGAUGGUCUGUAUUUUUCCUUGAAAGUGAAUGUAUAUUUAUGUAAAUUGUGCUCUGAACUCUAAGCUUUUAAAUGAGAUAUUUUAUAUUGGUUACUGGUAUUUCUCAGCUUCUCACUUUUUUAAAGAAUUUUCCCUUGAGUUUCCAAUGGAGAAAAAUUCAAGUUACUCUUAUCCCACAAUGAAAAGUUGGCCAUGACUGGUACCUAGCAAAAGGCUAACAAUUUAAUCCUCACUAAUUUUUAAUUUCAAAAUAAAAUUAGUUGAUGUUGGUUAAGAACCUUGAAUUGUUUUAAGUAAAGUUAUAAAUGCUUCAAAAUAUAUUCCAGUGAGAUGUCCCAAUUUUAAAUGAAUUCUAUGUUGCACCUUUCACUAUUUGCAUGUGUCAACAUUCCCCGCAAAUUUAGGAAAUGUGUCUGGUGUUUUUUUUAUUUUUUUUUGUUUUGUAAAAUGGUAGCUCCUGUAGUGCUGCUUGUCAUUUCACAGUUGCAGAAAAUUUCUAUUUCAUCUUUAUAAGCCACUUAGGGAUAUAAUGCCUUAAUAUAGUGAAUAAAGUAUUGUUAAUGGUUGUCUUGUAUACAAAAAUUUAGGCUACAAAUUGCAUGAGGAAUUAUCCACAGUCAUCAAAACCAGGGACUUGUACAAAUUACUCUAUUGUAAAAGUUUUGUAUAUUGUGUAAAUGCUGUAAAAUGCUGGCUUUGUUACCUGUAUAAAUACAACUUUAAGCGUAACUGUGCAUGGGUGUGCAAAAUUGCUUUGUAAUAUAAUUCGAAUGUGAUCUCAAGUUAAAAUACCUUUAAUAAUCCCUAUAUUUCAAAAUUCUAAAUACCAAAUCAAUUGUUUUGUGCCAUUUCUCAUUGUGUCUUUAUUAUUGAUUUCCUAAUUAUAUCUGUGGAUUGUGAAUGUUUUGACCUUUAAAGCUUUAAUGGUUGCACUGAUUAGAUCCUUUUGGUGGAAUAGAAAUUAUGUGCAUUGUUUUGUGACCCAUAUUUGAAUUCAGCUUCAGCCCUAUUUCUUUUAAAUGGCUUUAAUCAUCGGAAUUCUGUAAUUCCCAAAUGAAAACCAAGUGCUGGAGAAAUUCAGGACUGGCAGCAUCUGUGAAGAGAGAAGCAGUUAACAUAUUUGCGAGAGGCAUGACUUUUCUUUUGAAUCAUUUGGUUUCAAAAUGGUAACUCUUCCACUGUCCACAGAGGCUGCUGGAGCAACUGGAUUUUUCCAACACUACUAUUUUUUUGAUCUUUAGACCUCCAUCAUUUGCAGUAUUUUGCUUUUACUCUCUCUUUCCCAAACCUGUCUCCUGGAUAGAUUGCCCAGAAAAUGGGCUUAACUUUCUCUAUUGGCUGUUCUUCCCUAAAGAAAUUAAUGCAUUCUGCUUUCUUUACAAGAUUCAACAACUCUUAAAAUGUUAUACAUCACCGCAAAAUAGUAGUAUAGAAAACAUCCAUAGAUGUUAAAUCUUGAAUAAAUGCACUAUGAUAUCUUUUUAUAGAGCAUUUCAGUAUUCAUGUGCCUUAGAGAUUUGUCUGUAAAGAAGUUUUGUUGUUAAAGCUGGUCAGCUAAAAAUUUUCAUUUUCAAGCUUUUUUGAAAUUUCUUUUUCAAUAUUGGUAGUACCGAUAUAAUCACCAUGAGACAUUAUUUCCCAUCUGGAGAUCUUGGUACGUGGAUUUGCCUUAAUAGAGAACUUAAUAAAAUUACUGCAAGAUUUUUUUUUAACAUGUCGGUUUAUUCAUUUAAUGUGUUCAACACAUUGCACCACAAAGCCAUCUCCAAGGACUUAUUGCUCCAGCAUGCAUUAAGAUUACACUAAAAAAUUGUCAAGUGUAUGUACUAAGAGUUAAAAUGUUUAGUCUGAGUAGAUUUGUAAUAUUUAAUAUUCUCCCUAUCGCACAAGUUUAUGUAGACUUUAAUACUGCUAGGUAUUAUUUGUCACAUAGCAAAUAAUAGACACUAGCUAUCCUUAAUGUUGGGAUAAAUGGAUUUAAUGUUAGUGCCAUAAUUCUUCUAUAAUUAGUAUGUGAAUGUGCAUAAGGUUUAUAGAUGAACACAAUUCAGUCUUUGCCUGUCUGUUACCACAGUUGUGGGUCAUGCACCGUAAGAAGAUCUUUGUAAUAGGAUUUUUGUCUACACUUGGCUUACAUUUCAAUAUCAACUGAAAUGAGCUAUACACUGCAGACAAACCGACUAAUCUUAAAACACUAGAAUGCAGUUUUGUGACUGUCAAAACUACUGGCUCUUUGAGUGCCAAGUCAUUUUUCCUGUAAUUCUACAGAUAGUUUGUCAUAAUUAUCACAUUUCUGUCUUAAGCCAUGGUGAACCUGCCUCCAGUACACUUGGGCGCAUUUCAGAUGCUAACCACCCAUUGUUUGCAAAUAAUUUUUUUAUCUCUUCACCUUUUGUUUUGCCACUCCCUUUAAAUUGCUGUUUUCUGGUUUUCAGUGUUUCCAGUAUUGGGAACAGUUUCUCCCUGUCUGUUUUGUCUAGACUCCUCGUGAAUUUGAACACAAUCUAAUUCUAUCUCUUGCUGUAUAAAGAGGAAACAUUAGGCUGGAAUCAGAUCUGAUGUUACUAGGUAAGGAAGGAUGGAAAUUGUGCAGGCAGUGGAUGCAAUCUUCUAGUGAUCCUGCUGCCAGAUGACUGGAUAAUUGCAAAUGUUAGUACCUACUGUAGGGCAGUAUGGUGGCUUGGUAGUUAGCUCUGCUGCCUCACAACGCCGGGGACCCGGGUUUGAUUCCAGCCUUGGGCGACUGUGUGGAGUGUGCACAUUGUCCCUGUGUCUGUGGGUUUCCUUUUGGGUGCUCCAGUUUCCUCCCUCAGGCCAAAGAUGUGCAGGCUAGGUUGAUUGGCCAUGCUAAAUUGCCCCAGUGUCUAAGCUGUGAAAUGCAGGGAUCAGGUAGGGGGUGGGUUGGUGUGGACUUGAUGGGCUGAACGGCCUCCUUCCACAGUGUGGAUUCUGUGAUGGUCCAGAAAUCAUGCAAAACUAAACAUGGCAACUACAAAGCAUUGAUUUUAACUUUUGGGAUCUCUAUGGCUGGAAAGCAUUUAAUGAUCAAAACAAAAUUAACAGUCACUUGAAAAUAAUUGAUUUAUUCAACAGAGCCAGAAAAGAUUUUUGAACGACAAAUCCUAUUAGAGUUUGUAAAGGUUAAAAUUAAAUAGGUUUGAUGUAGUGUAAUGGAUUUCAGAAAGGGGUGUAAGUCAUCACUCGGUUUUAGCAAAGUUCACACCCAUGGAACAUAUGGAAAGUAACAGUUGUACAAAAGGAUGCUUAAUGACAGGAAACCGAAGUGGUGAAUGGUUGUUUUCUGAAGAGGAUCACUGCCUGUGUGUAAGGGUCCGUUGGGACCAUUGCUAUCGCCUUCAUUCUUAUUAGUGACGUGGAUGUGGGUGUGCAGAGCAUAAUUUCAAAUUUUCAUAAUUAUUCUCAGAACUCAUGUCUUACACAGACUUGCAUUUUAAGAGUUUUCGUGUAUAAAUGAAAUCAAAAACAUUGUUUUGGAGGGGUUGGUUGGAGGACCAGGGGAGACACUGCGGCAUGAUUAUUACGUGCCCAAAAUGUAUUGCAAAAUUUCACUGGAAUUGGCUGUGUAUUUCUGCCAUAUUUAUGUUAUCUUCUAAAUAACUGUUUCAAAUAGAAAAGGCAUAUUUAAUAUAAAGUAUUUACAUAUGUUUGGCAAUGUUUUGAAUUUAGAAACCUUGGCUUUGUUGCUGGCAAUUCAUUUUUACAUUUCAUAUGAAGUUGAAUCCGUGUGUAAUGUUGUUAAAAAUAUCCCCAAAAAGCAGAAGGUUUAGUAUCUGCAUUGGGUACAGCACUUUUUUGGGGGGGGGGAAAAGACUUUUUGACCUUUUUUACCAUUAAAGCAAAUUCAGACUCUCUCUGUAGGGAACACCUAAACUUCCCAUUGUGACAACAGCAUUGCGUGUGUGCAUCUUUCACUACAAUUAAAUUUCAAUAGAGAAUGACUACAGAAAGCAACAACACGGGGAAUUGGCUGUCCCCAUGCAUAAAUCACAAAAAAACUAGCAUCCAAUUUCUAGUGGGUGUUGGCAAAUGCAAAUGGACUGUUGAUGUAUAUUUCAAAGGCAAUGUAUAAAAGUAGGGAAAUCUUGCUAGAACUAUACAAGACACAAAGUUCUCUGCGCCUCAAGCACUGGACAGGUAAGAUCUCCAUUAUUUAACAAAAAAAUGUGCUAGUCUUCGAGGAAAUUCAGAGGGGCCACUAGAUUGGUCCAGAGUAUGGAGGAAUUCUCUUGAGAGGUUGAGUGGGUUGGAUCUAUACUCAUUCAAAUUUAGAAGAGUUGGCGGUCAUGUUAUUGGAACAUAGAAGAUUCUUAGGGGACUUGAUCAGGUAGGUUCAGAAAGGUAGUUUCUCUUUUAUUGGAGCCUAAGAUCACAGCCAUGCCUUUGAAUUAGUGUUCAUGCAGGAUAAGUAAGGAGGGAGUUCUUCUGAGGGCGCUGAGUCAGUAGAAUUCCUUACUGGAGGAGACUGUUAUUAAGAAUAUUCGAGGCAGAGGCAUGUUUUCAAUCAGUAAAGGAAUAGAGGGUUAUGGAGAAAUGGCAGGGAAAUAGAGUUGCUGAUUAUCAUAUCAACCAUGAUCUCAUUGAAUCACAACAUACAUUUGUUUCUAAUUACCAAUAGCCCAACUGCUAUGUACACUGUUAUAAGUUGUCAUUAUGUGCAUAAUCAGAUGUCACAAGCUGUCUUUUAGAUAGCAUUCUGUGUUGUUUCACUGAGUAAUCUUCAUUCCUUUGCAGGUUUGUGAGCUUAUUUGCAUAUUGUUUUCUGAUGAUUAUAGUUUGUUUAGUUUUGGUCUUGCUGAUGACAGAAAUAGCUUAUUGCAAUAAGGCAACAGGUGUCUAAAUAAAAUGUCCACGCACCAAGCCAUGUUUUAAACUACAUAUUUUUGAGUGCUUUUAGAGUCUUGUGAAAUAAACUAUUUGUAACCCAUUGCCAGCUUGUGUGUAAAUUAGUUGAGUGCAGAGUAGGCACAAGAAUAAUCUCGCCACUCUCUUAAUUUAGGGCCUUAAAUGCCCUUUGCAUAUGACCUAAAUCAGUGCAGCCCAAACUUUCUGUUCCAAGUGUCACCUGAUUUUACCAUAUCUGACUUCAGGCCCUGAAAUGAGAGGACUGGAGGACCUGUUGAAUGGUGCGGGCUUCUGUUUUUUUUCUAUUCGAGGGGGAGGGGUGUAUUAUCAGAUUCAGUCGUCGCUGGCUCUUUCCUUCCCGUCUCAAGCGAGCUCCUCUUUGUCGUUCUUACUUUAUGUCUGUGUCUUCCUUCCCUGUACUCUGUUCUUGUCUUUUGUCUCUCUUCCAUCCUCACCCCCUCCCAAAAAAUGCACCUAAAGGGGGUUGUUAAAAUGGAAAAUCAUGUUUUUGCUGCAACAGUUCGGUCUCAAUUUAUUAGGCCAUAGUCACUAACACAAAAAGAAAACAAGAAUUGAAGCUUUUGGGAAUCCAUGCCUAAAUAAAUAAAACAACCGAAUGUAAAGCAGAGGAAAUGUUUUGUGAUGUCAUUUCUAAGUUGUAUUUAUUUCUAUACAACAGCAUUGAUGUUACCUAAACUGUUGCACUAAAGUAUUUGUGAAAUAAGUUUGCUGAAUUAUAAAUAUAAAAAACUGCAUUGACAUGCCAUAAUUCUAGCUCUUAACACGACCUAACACAGAGGACUGUCUAAUCCUGUUUAGAAGAUUUUGACAAAAUAGACCUUAUGAUUUCCAAUAUAUUUUCUUCUUCAACAUAUUGUUAUUUCUCAAUUUUAAUUACUUGAUUACAACUAAAGACAGUAAGUGGAUCAUAAUGCCACUCUGGUGAACUUUAACAAUUUGCAUGUCAUCUAAGCGUCCACUAUCGGUAUCAAAAAUGUUUUGAUUUCUGUAAGCGAAGAACCUUACAAAUGGUAUGUAAUCAGUUACUGCUGGUGUGUCAAGUUGGUGAGGAAUGUGGGAAAUAGGAAUAAGCUGCUUGUGUUCUGUAGCCUGCUCUACUAUUCAGUUAGGUCUUGGUUGAUCUGCAACCUGUCUUUUGCCCAUGUAUUGGCCCCAUUUCAUUCAAGGUUUUGUAAUAUCUGAAAACUAUUGAUCUUAAGUGUCAUAAAUUCAUUCCCUAAUCUCCACAGCCCUUCUUGAUAGAAAAUUCCAAACAUUCACCAACAUCUGAAAAAAGGAAUUUCUUCUCAUCUUGCCCCUAGAAGGCUGUCAUAGUCUCUGUCUCCCAAUUACACACACUCUCUCUUCCUUUACACUACUAGCCUUCCCUCCCCAGCCUGACAAAUAUAGGAAAGCAUCCUUCCUUCAUCUGCCCUGUCAAGCUCUAAGAAUUUUCUGUCAGGCUACAGUUAAUUUGAGUUGGCCUUAACGCAAGGUUUCCUUUUGCACAUAUAGAUUGUAAACAGUUUUUGGCCUAAAGGUUUAAGAAAUAAAUUAGUUCAGUGGAAUUACAAAAGCAUGUUGGCUUUAUUCAAAGUGGCGAACAAACUUGAAUCAUCAGGACCUCCAAGACUCCUUGUUACUUCUGCCCAUAUUUUAAAGAUCUGCUUUUACAGUAGGUUUAACAUUGCAGUGGUACUGAUUUGUCUGUUAAAUUACAGUAAAUUUUAGACAUUUUAAAUGUAUGCUUCACUUCAGUCACUCACAGGCAAAGCAAGUAGAAGCUUUUUAUUUAUCCUUUGAAUCUGCAAAUAGCAGUGAAAGCUUCAGUGGAGCUUUGGAUUAUGAUCAGUGAUUACAAUCAAUCCUCAGUGGAUCAACUGAAGGUAUUUCUAGAUGUUGUUAUGGAGAUAGUAGGAACUGCUGAUGUUGAAGAAUCUGAGAUAACGAGGUGUAGAACUGGAUGAACACAGUGGGCCAAGCAGGGAAGCUGAUGUUUUGCAUGUAGACCCUAUUUCUAGAUAGGGCCACUGUCUUCUAUUGUAUUAGCAUACCACUGAAAAUGUUUUAAGUAUGAGAUUUAUUUAGUGAGUUAGUAUGUUGCAAUGUUACAAUUAUUUUUAAAUUAGUAUCUCACAAUGUCAUAAUUAGGUGAGAAGUCUAAUGGAUUCAUAAAUGCUUGGACCUUAAAUGCACAAGGAGUCACAGUUGUUUAAUGUCUGUAAAGGUAUUACCUCUAUAGAAGUUUCACUGUCUACUACUUUUACACAAGAAUUAUAUUUAGUUUUAACUGUAGCAUUAAACACUUUUCAUUUAAGUAGUCUUUUUAAUUUAAAUUUAGUCAUAAUAUUACUUCAGCAUUUAAGACUGUGUAUCUCAAAGUUAAUCCAUGUUGGUGCAAUUUGGACAAUCUGUUUUUGGGUUUGCCUGAUGGAGAUCAGUUACAUGCGGCCUUGGGGAAAUGUUGUCUCAUGGAGAUUGUGAAAUAUGGUUUCAAUUUCAUUGAGUGUAAAACUUUAUUCUUCGUCAGAGAUGUGGGUCAGAUUGUUGCUAAACUAGUGUGCUAACAUGUGGCAUUGCAACAUUUCUCAAUUACUACAAUUGGUUCACUUUAUAAGAUUGUUUUGCUGUUUAAUAGACUGCUAUAAUUUGUUUCAACUAAGCAUUGAAAUAAAUAUAAUCAGUUUUGAAUAUGCUUGAAAUGUAGAAAAGCUGUUGCUUAAGUCACUUAUGACAUGAAUCUUGUGGUAACUUGAGGGGCAAAUAGUAUGCAGUGACUUUUUUAGUGAAUUCAUCAGCUAGGUUUGUAGAGCAGUUAAUGCAAUCAUAAGUUAUUUUCUCCAUCUGCUCUCAAAUAUUAAUCAAGGGUUAAUUGCUAUCAACAUAGUUACUGUAAAUACUUUUGAAACAAAUAAUGAAUCUCAGGGCAUGGGGAAACCUGUGGCUGCUGCAAAAUUUUGUAAAAUUAUUUUUCGUGUUUUUUAAUUCAGAAUGAACUUUUAGAUGGCAUUUUAAGUAGAAGAUUGAGAGCUUUAGCUUGAAGCACUGUAUAUCUGCAUGUCUGGUUGUUACACGAGCAAAAUCUUUGUUAGUUUUUGUAAGGCCCAAUAUAUUGACUCUUUUCUAGCAAGUACUGUUGAUCAAUUUAUGUUUGAAUGAAAAUGUUUCAUGUUUGAAAGGGAGUAUUUCCAUAUAAAUUAGCCCAGUUGUGACCUUUGACAUGUAUUCAAGUUCCCCUAGGUUUUAGGUUGGUUUUUGUUUUAAAAGAUCUGUAAAAUUUGAUUUCUCAUAGCCCCUAUUAUUUUUGUUCUCAAUUUAAAUGUGGGUACAAACCGACACAAUUCUGCAGUUGUCAAGUAAUACACUAUGAGCAUUCAAAAUGUGACUUUUAUUUCAAUAACAUUUCAAGUAAAACUCAGUCAACCACAUCUUGGCACUUGUGGACAAAUUGUUCCCCAUGUUUUCCUGAGUCAGCUGGUGAAAGGUCACAAUUGGGGUCAGUUUUGAUGCUCAAUGUUUUCAAAUGAAUGAGUGAUAGUUAAAAGCUUGAGCUUUUUAAAAAAAAAUUUACUUCUAAAUGUGACAAACUUCUAACGUGUAUAAAUUAAUUAACUUACUGAUGUGUAGCAGUUGGUCUUAAUGUAUUUUCUGGGCUGUUUGGAAUGUGUGGAAAAAUACUUCUCAAACUUUUUCUGAUGUGCUGAACAUGAGUUUAAAUUUGUUUCUUUUGAUCUGUAGUAUUUGCAUACUAAUAGUGUAAAAUUUGUUCAAGGCACCAAUAUUAAAACAAAUGCAUGACUUAUAAUAUGUACUUAGUAAAAUCAAUAUGAUGGUGUAAAGUAUGUACAAACGUAGUCAGGGAAGAACAAAAUCUACAUCAUGAAUUUUGA